CUCGUGGAUUAAUCACAUAACUCGGUCAAAGGCUUGAAUCCUGACUGCUUUGUCACAUUCUUCUUCCUUUUUUUUCUAGAUCAAGAAACUCAUUAUGAAAUUCAUAAAGAAUAAGAUAACCAUUAUUUUGGCGGUGGUACCAUGUAAUGUUGACAUAGCAACAACAGAGGCCCUGAAAAUGGCACAAGAAGUGGAUCCUGAAGGCACAAGAACUAUGGCCAUUCUGACAAAGCCAGACCUGAUAGACCCGGGAGCAGAGAAGAAUGUGUUGGAAAUUGUCCACAAUARAGUMAUCGUUCUCAAUAUGGGUUAUGUCAUUGUGAAAUGUCGUGGUCAGAAGAAAAUUGAUGAAAACAUGUCCAUUACUGAUGCGAUUGAGGAGGAGUUGGAAUUCUUCCGAAAUCAUGAGCACUUCAGCUCCCUUUUGCGUCAGGAGAAGGCAACCACCAAGUGCCUAGCCACCAAGCUCAGCAAUGCCCUGGUCAAACACAUCAAGAAAUCCUUGCCCCAGAUGUCAGAGACGAUAAAGGAAAAGCUGGGGGAGGUAAAGCAUUUAUUGAGUCAAAUAGAGGGCGGGCCUCCCAUGGAACCUGAAGAGAAGAGGAAGUACCUCAUUCAGGUCAUAACAGAUUUCAAUGAGCAGAUUACCCAACUGUCCAAAGGGGAUAUUAUCAUUGAGGAAAACCUGUUUGAGCUCAUGCGAAUGGAAUUUACAGAGUGGAUGGAAUGUCUGAAAAAUGCCAAAUCACAUUACCACGAAGUAGUGCAACAAGUGGUGGAUGAAUAUGAUCAGGAGCACAGGGGAAGUGAGCUGCCAGGAUUCAGUAACUACAGGGUAUUUCAACAUGUUGUUCAGAAACUAGUGGCUGAACUUAAGAGACCAGCUAUGACGACACUACAGAACAUGGUGCAGAAGCAAUUUGAUCAUUUGUCCAGAGACAGCUUUAAGUAUUAUCCUUAUCUUCAUCUGGUCUCAAUGAAAAAAAUUGAAACAAUCCAGGAACAGCAGUCAAACAUAGUGAAGGAGAGGAUCGUGGAGCAGUUUGAGAUGGAGAUGCAGGUCUACACACAGGAUGAAAUCUUCAACAAACAUAGUCAAAAGGAGGGAACAGAAGAAGGCUCAGAUCACGACACCAGGAGCAUGUACCCUGGGCUGCUCAAGGCAUACUAUGAGAUUGUGGUGCAAAGACUGGCUGACCAGGUGCCCAUGCUGAUCCGUUACUUCAUCCUGAAGCAGUCAGCCAAGAUUGUGUGCAGUGAAAUGCUGGAUCUGCUACACAGAGAUGACACUGAUAACAUCCUACAAGAGGAUUCAGAGACCGGACUGUAUCGUGCAAAGUUGCUGGCCCAAGUGGAUCGCCUUGUACAGGCCAAUGACAAAAUCAGCAGCCUCUGAGAGUGUGAUGUCUUGUCAGUUACAAAAUUCAGAGAUGUUGCCAAAAACAGAAACAUGUUAAUAUAAGUAGAUUUUUGGAAAGGGCCUCUAUUGGCCAACUGUUAUUUAUUUUAAGUAAUGAGUAAAAUAAGAAAUAAUUUGUAUAUUUGUGUUCAACAAAUGUAUGAGAUCGGCUAAGAUCAGUGAGAUGCUGUAAUGACGACACCAGUGAAAUCCUUCAGGAGSAACAAGAGGUCGGCCGGAAACGUAAAAGAUUGCAGGACCAAGCGGAUCGCCUUGGACUGGCCAAUGACAAGAUKAGUAGACAGUGGUUGACAAUUUGUCAAUGCAGAAAUUCUGAGAUAUAUAUGUUGUGUCUAUGACUAUCAUUUGUGAAGACUGUUAUU